UAUUUGUUCCUGGGCUGAACCACAAAGCAUAGAAUCAAAGGGCUCCUUUUGGAUCUCUCAGUUGUCUUUUUCCCCCUUCCUCUCUUCUGUUUCUUGUGGAUAUUAUGGCUAAUAACGCAACUACUUUAGGGAGCCCAUGGCCUGAAAAUUUCUGGGAUGACCUUAUAAUGUCCUUCACAAUAUCCAUGGCCAUUGGACUUGUCAUUGGCGGUAUCAUCUGGGCAUUGCUUGUUUGUCUGUCUAGACGAAGAGCCAGUGCUCCCAUCUCCCGAUGGAGUUCAAGUCGUCGUUCUAGACCUUAUUCCCACAGUCUCAACAGGAAUGGAUUGUACCGGCACAGUGGCUGCGAACGUCGCAGCAACCUCAGCUUGGCCAGCCUCACCUUCCAGCGACAAGCUUCCCUGGAACAAGCCAACUCUUUUCCUAGAAAAUCAAGUUUCCGGGCCUCUACUUUCCACCCUUUCUUACAGUGUCCUCCAUUACCUGUGGAAACUGAUAGUCAACUAAUGACCCUUCCUUCUACCAAUACUUCCCCUGUCAUCAAUGCCACACAUAGUCUGAGCCGUCCUGACUUUCACUGGUCUAAUAAUAGUCUUCGUAUUGGCCUUUCAACACAAACUCCUCCACCAGCUUAUGAGUCUAUUAUAAAGGCAUUCCCAGAUUCUUAAAUAGAGGAUUAUCUGUGCUUUCUUUUUCAUAAGAGGUGAUCACAAAUAAAUUAAAUAAAUUUUGAGUGGGACAAGACUGUAUAAUGCUGGUAAUGUGGGAAAUUGAUGCACUACAUUUAGUUUGUACAAAAAAAAAGUUCCUGCGUACCACAAAAACUUCAUGUUCUAUAUAAAUUUUGUAAUUUUGUAUUCUUGUAUUAUAAGGCUUUUAGAGUAGAGGAAUGGUCUGUUGAAAUAUUGUAUACCCCCUUUAAUGUUUUUUUCUAAAACAUGGAUGAAUCCAUAUUUUUAAGAUCCUUAUGCUUUGUUUUAUGUUUAUUAUGAGAAAAUACUAUUUAAAUGCCCAUCCCUAUACUUCAUGAUGAAAACUUGGGUUUUUUUUUUUUUGAGAAAACACCCUUUGUUUUGACAUCAAAUCAUAUCUCAAAACACUUCUAAAUCAAUUUAUGGUUUUAAAAUUGAAACAAAAAGAGACUGAUUUGCACCGACCUGUGAAAGAUAACAUAGGAAAACAAUCAUUGGAAUGAGUAUUAGAUUUUUUUCAUUUCCAGAGAGACUCCAUUAUAGUCUUUUUUUCCCCUCAAUCUGAAUUAUUCAUGUCAAUAAAGUCAUGAUGGAGGUCUCAUACAUAGAGGGAAGGGAAGGGAACAAACAUUUAUAUAGUGCUACUAUGUGCAAGAAACAGUGGUAAGCACAUUUUACAGGCAUUAUAUUAUUUGAUUUCCAUAAUAACUCUGGGAGGUAGGUGCUAUUAUUACCCCAUUUUAUAAUUAAGGAAACUGAGCUUAAGUGACUUGACCAGGGUCACACAGCUAGUAAAAGUGUGAGGUCAAAUUUGUAUUCAGAUAUUCCUGACUCCAUGUCAAGUGCUCUAUCCACUGCUCCAAUUACAAUCAGGGUAUAAGAACUUUAAUCAUUAUCACUAUCUUCCAUUUUUUCUUAGUGACUGACAUGACAAAAAAAAAUUUUAUACCUAAAAAGGAGUGAAUAUUAUAUAAAACUACAUGACACUAAAUAACAAGACUUUCUUUCUUAUAGUAAGUUUUAGAUCUGAUUUAUAUCUCAGAAAACCUAAAUAUGUAUUUCUAUCAUCAUCUUUUUUCCCUUGCACUUAAGGUGUACUAAUUAGGUAGAGAACAAUCCUAUCCUUUAUUCAAAUGAAGUUUAGCUUGUGUUUAAAAGAAACCAUUCCCAAUUUACCAAUAUGAACUGCUGGUUGCAAAAUAUCCUGUGAUGGUUUGUUUAAUGAUAAAAUCUAUUGAAUGGCAUGGAGUUUGUACAUUGAGUACAUGGAAGUAUACAGCGUGACGGCCUGCUUUUAUGGGCUGUUGUCAUGCUCUUAAAGAAGACCUCUCCAGCUGCUGGAAAAUGUGACUGGUCCAAUUUCAUGUUGAUGCAAUCACUGGUAUUUGUCAGGCAGUGAAUUCAAUUAAUAUAAAUGAGACCCCUUGUUGGGUUUGGUUAUAGUGAAAAUGCAGUUUAUUUUUAAAAUAAAAAUUAUACUUUUUGUUGGGGAAUGGUCUUUCAUUUUUACUUCUAAAAGUCAGUAGCUAAAUAUGGGUCUCAUAUUUAAUUUUUAAAAAAAUAAUUCUGCCCUUCUAUCUAAGGUCUUGAUAUUUUUAAUUUGAUAACCUUUAUGCUUAUUCAUUCCUUAAGUGAUAUUGCCUAUUCUGAAUGUUGCCUUUCAGAUAUAUACCUUUUAAUGAUAUAUUCUCUUUCUGAAAACCCUAUAAUAAUUGAAUUCAUAAAGUCGCUUUUGAAUGAGGAAUUUUUUUAAAGAUGAAGCUUUUGCCAACAAAAGCUAGAUUUUUAAAGGAAACUUUUUAUUUGUUUUUUUAAAAAGUCUAUUUUUUUACUUAUAUGAAAAUACAGAGUUUUUGUUUUUGUUUUAAUCUGAAUUUUACACUGGAAAUAAAAGGCUAGGAAAUAAAAACUAAAAUCUUCCAAUACAUUUAACAGCUUAGCAGGUGGAAUGCUUAGAAAAUUAUCUUAACAUGCAUUAAAUAAGUAUUUUGUAAAGGUGGAAGAGACUAUGAAAUGUGUGUGGUUGUUUUUUUUUUUUUUUGCUUUUUUGUUUGUUUUUGGUUUUUUUAGUGGGGGGAGGCCAAAAUAAAAUCUUUUGUUUUUCUAAAGACAAUUUCUUAGGUAAAUAUUUGACUAAAACU